AGCAGCAGCAGCGUACUGGCAUCUCUCUGCAUGCUCCGUUCACACUGAAACAGGUGAGAUCUGGUCUUGUUUUUGCUGGCGACAAGGUGACGAGUGAACUCAGGACGGGGGGUUCUGGUCUUUCGUUAAAGGAGCAUUUUGUUCGUUUCGAAAACCUUACUAAACUUGGCAGGUGUCGGAUUUAGUUGACCCACUUCACGCCGCUCCCGGCUCAGUUCCAGUGCCUCUGAUCCACGCCUGACUGCUAAUCCGUCUGCCGUUUGGUAACUCAUGAGCUUGCAUCCCUGUGUGCCGAUGUGUCGGUGAUAUGGGAGAGUGGUGGACAACUGUGCCAAUAGGGACUUCUAUGGGAAACUAUGAGAUCUCCAGCAUAUCACAUGUGACAAUGUCGCCCUCGAGACAGAACAACCUCGUGUCUUCCUUGCCCCUGUCCAGAAGCUCCUACAAUGUGAUAAGUGCCUUUUGCACUGAGGAUAAUAUGCCUCAGUGCAUUUCAUACAUCAAUCAGGAGCUUGACUCACUGGGCCUCUGCUCUACACGCAUUGAGGCCAGCUCACCAGGGGGAGCUACCAUAAACACAGUGUCAGCUCUAAAUGCCAUGUAUGAGAUCAUGACGAUUCACCGACGCAAUAUGUGCAAUUUAGAAGAGCUGGAGAAAGACCAGCUGAAGACAUCCAGCAACUUGGACCACAUUCAGAUGAACAAUUCCAGACUCAAGGAUCAGUUGGAACUGUCCAUAAGGGAGAAAUCGGGUCUCCAUGAGACAGAGAGGCAGCUCCAACUCAAAAUCAAGACUUUGCAGAGCUGCUUAAAAACUGAAAAAGAUGAGGUUCAGAAGCUCCAGAGCAUCAUAGCCAGCCGGGCCUCUCAGUACAGUCAUGAUGCCAAGAGGAAAGAGAGGGAAACUGCAAAGAUCAAGGAACGCCUCAACCAGCUACUGGUCGACAGAAAGGAUAAGAAACUAGCUAUGGAUGUUCUGAAUAGUGUGGGACGGUCGGAUGGAAAAAGGAGCCACUGGAAGACCACAAAAACAACAGCAAGCCAUGAGGGUGAGAUGUACAAGUCCUUGCUCAAUGACUACGAGGUGAGUCAGAGGUCCUUGAUGCUGGAGAACGCUGAGCUUAAGAAAGUCCUCCAGCAGAUGAAGAAGGAGAUGAUCCAUAUCCUGAGUCCACGCCCUAGCAGAGAUGACAGUCGGGACCAGGCUGAAUCUGAUGGGGAGGAGAAGGUGGGGGAUUCUAGCAGGGAAACUCUGGACCAAUCGUGUGAGCAGGCCAGGGAGCAGCUCACCAACAGCAUCCGCCAGCAGUGGAGGAAACUGAGGAACCACAUGGAAAAGUUGGACAGCCAAGCCUCCAAAGUGCAGAAUCAGAUGGAGUCCAAUAAAGAGGUGGUACAAAGGGAGACCCACGAGGAUGAGAUGGAAAGGAUGAGGCGUGAAGUGCAGCAGUGCAAAGAGUUCAUUCAUGCACAGCAACAGCUCCUCCAGCAACAACUCCACACAUCCUUUGAUGAUGAGACAGCAGCUCUUCUUAAUGACUGCUACACACUGGAGGAGAAGGAGCGUCUCAAAGAGGAGUGGAGGCUCUUUGAGGAUCAGAAGAGAAACUUUGAGAGGGAGAGGAAGAACUUCACAGACGCUGCUAUUCGCCUGGGGCGAGAGAAAAAGGCCUUUGAGGAGGACCGUGCCUCUUGGCUCAAGAACCAAUUUUUGAACAUGACUCCAUUUACGGACCGUAGGAGAUGUUCCUCGUCUGAUGGUCAAAGUGCAUUAUCAAUAAGAAGUGAGCCAGAGAUGAGAAUGUCUUCCACCAAAUCUCCGCCGGCCAAAUCAUCAACCUACGCCGCUUUCUCCACUCCUAAACCUACACAAAGUGCCACUGUGCCAUCCACAACCGAACUUUACCGCACACUCCGCCUGAUACCAGACAGCAGUUCCUCCAGACAUUCAAAACGAGGAUGCUGGCCAGAGUCCAGCACUAUUGAAGAUGGAGAUUUUCGGGUCAAAUCAAACAGAAUUCGAUGUGGAGACUUGAGUAUCUUCUCUUUGGGUGGAGAUGAGAACAGCCUCACUUGAAACACUUUCAGUGCCUUUUUAAAACAAGUGUGUAUAUCUAAUUUCGCAAUGAACCUAAGCAUCAAGUCAUGGCUGAAUCCAAUCACAACUGAUGAACACUCCUUUUUUUUUGCAGCUUCUUUGCCACGUCGCUUUGUAUGGACUUAGACAGAUCAUUCACUAAAUCUCAUCAAACAAGAAAGCACUUUAAUGAUUCUGCCAUUGUUCAUUUAUUUACUUCACAAACAAUUCAACACUGACAAUUCAGAUUUUAAGCUAUAUUCAAAGGAUGUUAUUUACCAAGUAGGGAUUUGAACAUAUUUUUUGUAAUAUGUUAAUUAUAUUCAAUUCAAAUUAACAAAUUAUGUUUAGUUGUUCAAAUUAACUUUGUUUUCAUAUUUUAAAUGUAUAAUUAUGAUUUGAAAUGGCGCAUUUAUUGACACAAGAAUGAUAAUGGUGGGUGUUGCUGGUGUAACAGCACAAUAAAGAUAUUUUUAUGAAAGCUUAAA